GACACGCUGGGGAUCUGCCCAGUUACAGAUUCGAGCAGAUCUCCGAACUGCAUGAGUCCCUGAAUAAGUUAUAUCUCAGCCAGAAACACUGCCAGGUGAAGAUCCUUGUGCUAACAGCGAGGAGGGGACCUGUUAAACUCCACCUGUGUGCACACAGAUUAAUCCUGUCCCUCAGCACAGAUGGAAAUCUCAUCAGUGAGAACAAAACCAGUGGAAUCCAAAUCCUGGUGCAAGAAGACUGUCUGCCAUAUGUUGAAGACUUCAUCAGGUAUUUUUACACCAAGAAAAUUGACAUCAAUCUGUCGUCAAUCAAGUGCCUCCACAACAUGGCGUCCAAUUACGGUGUGACUGCGAUUCGUGAUUACUGCGACAAACUGUUCUACAAACUGCUGCCCCAGGACCCUUCCUUCAAACACCAGCUGGAGCUGUAUAACUACGCUGAGACAGUGAGGGACUCUCUGCUGAAAGAGAUUUGUAUGGAGUAUUUUGCUUGGAAUUGUGAAACAUUUAUCAGGUCCCCCAGCUGGUAUGAGGUGACCGGAGAUCAACUGAACACUCUCCUACUCAGGUCAGACAUUGUCAUCUGGAAUGAGCUGAGUUUGUUUAAAGCUGUUGAAACCUGGAUCAUUCACAAGAAGAAAACGGAACUGACGCACGAGCUGAUGGAUAAGAUCCGCUUUCACAUGAUCCCACCGGAAGACCUGUCCCAGAUUCAGCUCCAGUCUAAAUUGUACGAGGAACAUGAUGGCUUCUUUCUCAAGAGAUUUCUGAAAGCUUUUGAGUUUCAUUCAGUAUCAGUUGAGCAGCUUAACAAAGAAAGGCAUUUCUCUGACCUCAGCUUAGAGCCCAGAAUUUAUAUAUCCUCCGGGUGGAGCGCUGCAUUAGACAUUGACCCAAUUAGCAGCAUGCGCUCCUCAUCCUCCAUGUACUAUAACGGUUAUCAGUAUGUCCACCAGGUCAGCUUCACUCAGCCAUCCUCUCCAACCAUGACUUUUCAAACCCCCAGCUUCACAAGUGCCUUCUACCAUUCGGACACUGUGUUAUGGACAGCUCACUACCACACAAGUUCACAAAGCUGUAAAAGCAGUAAGGUGCGCUGUCCCUACAACAUCUAUCCCAUUGCAACCUUAAAUGUCAAGCAUCAGAACAAAGAGAGCCCUGUUCACUAUCAGAACAAAGUACUUCUUCUUUGUAACAACAAUUAUGUAUCAUAUGUACAUGACGUCAAGCAGGGCAAUGCUAUUCUCCCCUCCUUCAAAGGCCAGGGCCUCUUUUUCUUUGGCUGUGAAUCUGGUUAUUUCUCUACACUCAAGUUUGUUAUCCGGCCAAUGUACAGGUGAAACAAG